AUGCAUCGUCUUUUUGCUGAGCUGGAGCCAUCUUUAACCGUCACAGAGCAAAACCUGGCAGACCGAGUUCGGUAUAUCUUGCGCUCAAAUAUAUUUGAUGUCGCCGAACUCGAACGGCUACGACGUGAGGCUGUUCCCUCGUCGGAUGAGAAUGCUACGGCUGAGGAUGCGGCGCCACAAAUGGUAGAGCAACCCGCAAACGUGGAUGCCGCCGUGAAUACCCCAGUUGUGGUUGAUUCGAACGAUGAUGGAACAGUCGCCCAGGAACUGGAAUUAGAGCAUAUGAGGAGUACAUUGGAAGAGGCGAUGGUGGAAACGCGCAGUACGCCUCUCGAAAAUCGACCGCGACUUCCCCGCAUAGCCCUAAGCAAGCGGAAUCGGGCUGUCGUGAGGGCUCUGAACCCAAUGCUGGUGACCUAUUUGGAAGCCAGCCGGGACCUUUGCGAGACGGACUCAAUUCUUUUUGGCGCCGCGCUGGCAGUCUGCCGUAUCAUAGGCGCCAAGGUUUCCACGGCUGGACGCGCUACUGGCCAUAGUAGCGCUAUCCCAGCAUGGAGAAGAAGAAUUGAGGAACGUAUCGCAAAGGCUAGAGCUCUCAUCGGCAGACUGAUAUGCUUCAGAUCAGGCAACAACAGGCAAAAAUUGCGCGCACCGUCAGGAUGA